AUGUCGAAGUCAAUUGAGCAAUCCAACGAAGGACCCGGUUUAUCCGGGGGGAUACUUGGAUCGAUUGAUAGGGCGAAGACCGGCGUGAAGAGGAAGAUAGAGAUGAAGACAGUCGAGACAAAGUACAGAGCGAUAUUAGCCGUGGAAAAGGGAGACAGGUCAAAAUCUGACAUUGCUAGAGAAUUCGGCAUCCCAGCAAAUACUUUAUCGACAUGGUUGAAAGCAAAAGAAAAGAUCAUGACUGCAUACAGCAACGAUGGUAUAAGCCCCAGCAGAAAGAAGGUAAGAACAGCCAAACAUGAAGACACCGAGACUGCGCUACUAAAGUGGUUCACGCAUGCCCGAGACAACAAUCUUCCGGUAACCGGCCCGAUGCUGAAAGCUAAAGCCAAGGAUCUGGCCGAUAAGAUUGGAGAGCAGAACUUCGCCUGUAGCACAGGGUGGCUAAACAGAUUCAAAGACCGACACAACAUCAGCUUUAAGAAAAUCUGCGGCGAAGCUAAAUCUGUAGACAUCGCCAGUGAUGCAAUGACAAAGUGGGCCGACGACCUCCGCGUCAUUCUGUCCGAGUAUCAGCCCCAGGACAUAUUUAAUGCUGAUGAAACCGGCAUAUUUUUCCGACUGCUACCCGACCGUACUCUCGACUUCAAAGGAACCGACUGCCAUGGCGGGAAACGGAGUAAGGAGCGGCUAACUGUCCUCGUCUGCGCUAACAUGACCGGUACGGAGAAAUUACCACUCUUCAUCAUCGGCAAGUCGGCCAAACCCAGAUGUUUUAAGAAUGUCCACUCCCUACCGACCGAGUAUACGGCCAACAAAAAAGCAUGGAUGACCGUCGACAUUUUCACCAAAUGGUUACACCAGAUUGACAGGAAGUUCGCAAGGCAGCAUCGCCGCAUCGCAAUGGUUAUCGACAACUGUCCAGCUCAUCCCCAGAUUAAAGACCUGAAAGCCACAAAGCUCAUCUUCCUGCCGCCAAACACUACCAGCAAGACACAACCGAUGGACCAGGGAGUUAUACAGAAUCUCAAAGUCCACUACCGGAAACGACUAAUCCUUCGUCACAUCAAAGCCAUGUCUCGUGUUGACAUGUAG